AAAUUUAUAGUCUGUGAUUAAAAAUGCGAAAAGCGUCAAAUCGUCAAUAAAAUUAUAAUCCACGUUUUAACAACAUAUUCUCCGAUUUUAUCUAUAAAAUAUUAAAAUGUUAAAUCCUUGAGUUAUAUACCACAGUUUUAAGUGCACUAGUGUAGUGUUCCUGUUUAUUGUGUUCAUUGAAAAGUAACCAAAAAUGGCAAGGUCGCCUAAGGAUGAUCCAAUAUACAACGAUAUGAAGCACAAUACAUGGAACUAUCAUGCGGAAACCGCUGGAAACUGUGUACCUGAUGCUUUGAAUGAGAGAAAACCGCCACAGAUCUCGCCCAACCCGAGUGUCAUGAACGAUAAUAGUAUUUACGUCAACCCGAGUUUCGGCAAUGAAGUUUAUUUGAACAAACACGCUUACAACGUGCAGACUGGCGAUGCCGCCGCCAAUAAAGAUGAGAAGAUUCCUUUCACAAACAUGCCUAACGUUCCUCGCGCCAAUCAAAAUUACGGUAACGCUAUGCUCAAACUGAGUAAUGGUCAGUCAGUGCGUGUGUUUUACGACGAGAACAAUCAACAGCUUAUAUUCCCAAUGUCGGCCGGUCAGUAUGAACUCUUCAACCACAACCAGGGAGUGCGCGACAUCCCCCUACAGAUGCCCCAGCCGUCGCACAUGUUUACCCUAAACCAAGACUUUGCUAUGAACAAUAACAAUGUCCACACACCUCCAACAACUGUUAACCAAACAACUUACCCUGAAAAUGUGACCAGUCAGUCCCCUACAUCUAAUUUUCUUAAAGAUUUGUUGGGUAAUUUGGAGCCUAAUUCAACUGGCACAUACUCCCCAUUUGGACAGAAUUACCCGCUCAAUCAUCCAGAUGCAUCAAACAUGAAUAUUCUUACAAACAACCCUGUAAUAGAACCUCCAAAGAACCAACCUAUAAAGGUAGAAAAUUCACCAAAAAGGAAUGAAAACAGUCCCCUUGCUGACACUAGCAAUAAGAAGCGGAUUGUAGCUGAAGUGAAACCGAUGCGCCCAUCAUACUCUGAUGUGUUAGCUAAGAAUACUAAAAACACUUCUCCAACUGAGACAACUCGUAAAGUGAAGCCUCAGAAUAUAGAAACCAAGCCAUUGAAUAAUAAAACAAACUCUAAGCCCGAGAAGCCAACUAACAUUAAACAGGAUGACAACAAACACAAGAGUGAGAAGAAACAGAACACAAACACUAUAUCUUCUGGCAGUGAGUCCGGAGACAUCAACACUGAUGACAAUGAGAAGCGUCAGAAGCCAAACAAGAAGUCUAAGAACAAACGCAAUAAUAUUUCUCGUAAAUGGUCAUCUCUGGACGACAUUACUAAUGAAGAAGAGUCUGGCUACACACACGACAGUGAGAGCCAGUUUGUAUUCAUUGAGAAUCCGGAGAAGCCAUUGAAAAAGGAAAAGAAAUCAGACAGUAAAUCAAAGGGUUCAGACAAGCAUGCAGCCAUGGAGGAUGAUGAAUUUAAGUUGGAUGAGGAAGAUGAUCAGCUGCAGUUUGUUAUCCAGGAAGGCCAGGGUGAAAGUGGGAAAGCCAAAAAGAAGAAGGAUGGACGUAAUUAUCAUAAGGUCACAAAGCCUCUGCCGGACAAGAAGAAAAAUCUUUCAAAGCUUAGGAGGAACAAACCAGGCUACUUAGGGUUAGCACAGAAUUAUUUGGAGCACUGGGGUGGAGCAACCUGGAAGGCUCUUGUGUGGUUCAUGUAUCUACUAUCAGAUAUAUGCCGCAUGAGUUUCCAUUUGUCAUUUGAUUUAUGCACUUCAGUGUUCACACAGACCUAUGUGAGUUCUCAAGCAGUAUGGCGCAGCACCAAGGACUGGAUGAGCAAGCUCAGUGACAACAAAUACUUUUUAUACAUCGACAGAAAAUUUGGACACACCAAGCUAGGAUUCUGGCGGAAACUGAAAUGGUUUAAAAAGGUGGAAUUAGAAACGGACAAUGGAAAUGAUUCGACAAAGCUGAACGCGAACAUACCUUUGCCUGCUACUGGGGAAGAAGCUAUGAAGAGACUACUAGCAUGCAAAGGAAAAGAUCCUUACAGUAUAUUGGGUGUAAGUGUGACAUGCACAGACGAGGAAAUAAAGCGCUACUACAGACGGCAAGCGUUCCUCGUGCACCCGGACAAGAACCAACAGCCCGGCGCUGAAGAGGCUUUCAAAAUACUACAACACGCUUUCGACCUUAUUGGGGAGCCGGAGCGUAGAGAAGCGUACGAGCGUCGUGCGCUAGAGUCCCGGCACGUGGAGGCGGCAUGGAGCGAGCUCAGUCAGCUACUCGCGCAGCUACAUGACAAGAUGGAGUUCGCAGCCAAUACUAUCAGAUGUACAAACUGCGGGCGUCGCCACAAGCGAGUGCUGACGGACCGGCCGUGCUACGCGGCGCGGUACUGUGUACAGUGCAAGAUCAGACAUUCUGCUAAAGAGGGCGACAUAUGGGCGGAGUCGAGUAUGAUGGGUCUACUGGUGAUGUACUACGCCUGCAUGGACGGCGCCGUCUACCAGAUCACGCAGUGGGCCAGCUGUCAGAAAAAGAACUUGAAGCAGUUAAGGCCUGACUGUCACGUGGUCCAGUACCGCAUCGUGCUCGGGAACAAGGCGGCCGCGGCCUCAGACAUCAACCAGAGACCUUCUACUGGGCACGAUCCUAACCUUGAAGAGUUCUUGAACAACCUGUACAGCAAGUCGGGCGUGUCACCCAACACGACGAGCCCCAAGCAGUCGCCGCCCGACGCCACGGACGCUAAAAAGAGACGCAAUAAAAAACCUAAAGCAUAAACAAAACGCCUCUCGUGAAAAAUUAAAAAAAACCGAGCUGUCAAAAUAGACUUGAAUUCGCGCGCAAUUCAAAUAUCGAACGCAUUUGACGCGAGCUGGCCAUGCCUGCCGUACCCAACUGUGAAACACUUGCCUUUUACAAAUAAAGAAAGUAUAAAUUAAACAGAAAUUAAACCUUAUUACUGAUCUAUAAAUAUAAUUAUUUCUAAAUAAAUAUUGUGUGGCUAAGGUGGCGCUUGAAGGAUAGAUUGUGUAAGCGUUAAAACUAUGUGUAUGAAAUGUCGCUAACGUACCUAUACCUAGGUUAGAUACUUUUGAUGAGAAUAAAUUUCAAAGUUUUUGCUAGCUAAUUAGUUUCUAUCAUUCUUAAUUUGCUUAAUUUUGUGAUACAUGAGAUUGUGAAGUUAAUAUUGUAAAAGUUUUUUCUUAGUUUUAAUGGAAAUUAGUAAUUUUUACUCUGUGAUUAGACAAACGAAAUGCUGAUUUCCAUCAAACCUUUAUCAAAUAUAACACUCGAGUCAUUAGUAAUAAAUAUGUUUCAACUCCUUCACGGCAAAUCAGUUACUUUUUUAAAAAAUUGACGAUUGACAAUUUUGACAACUAUCCUUGGAAUUGUACGUUCAGAUAUUUUCCCUAUGCUAAUGAACUAAAUGACUAAUCGACUAACUAAUUUACAAUAAUCUACAUUUGCUUUUGAGUAUUCAGAAAUACUGAAAUACGACUUAAUUUUUACAUUAAAAAUGUUCAAAAUCAUUUCAUUGUGUUCAUUGCUACAACACUAACUGGCUAUUACUUAGUCUAGAGAAUAAAAUUAUUAUUUUUUGAUUAAAUAAACGUCUAUAUGUCAUCUGCAGGGCUCCAAUAAGGUAUGUUUUUUAUAUUUCGACCAUACGCCACAACUAUAGAAUUUUAGCCCCUAAUACCAAUAUCUGAAUGCUUCAAUUCCAAGUAGUUUCCAUUCUUUCUACAUUACAAUAUGUGUUCUAGUGCUAUGAUUAUAAGAAUCAAUUUGACAAAGCAGCGGGAACUGCGUAAAAAUACUCUUUUAAAAAAAUAAAUUUUAAAUGUACGUUAUUUAAGUACCUAUGUAAUAUUUUUUUCAAUAUAACACUAAUCACACCGAAUAGUACAAUACGUUUGCAUUCAUACGUUAUAACGUUAUUAAUAGUUAUUAAUUAUUAAUAAUAAUACGUUGUUUUUAAUAAAACGCUCGUAUACGCGCGUAAAGAAUGCAGUAAAAUGAGUUUUUUUUUCUAAUAUUUUAAAAUAACUCACUAUUUUUUGUACUAUCGAAGUCAUAUUUUGUGUAAUACAUUGAAACUUUAAGUUAGAAGUUACUGUAUAACGACAAGAAUAAAAACAGACGCGUAUUUUUUAUUAAACUGGGUUGGUCUUAUUUACUUACAAUACCUCCAAAUAGAGGAAAUUAACUGAAAAGUACGAAAUUUUAGUAACCUCUUUGUUUAGGGUUAUUCUUUAAAAUAAUAAUCCACCAAUUUGUCAUAUUUGUUGAAAAUCUCGAUAUAGAUAUAUCAAUUGCCCCUUCCCUAAAAAGGCCAACAAGACACUGGUAACUUACGAGUUGUCUUUGUCAUCCUGUCUGCUAAUUUCCCCUAUCUCACAUAUACCUUGUCGAUAUUACAGUAACUUGUAACGCCAUAAUAUUUUAUUAUUUCACUUUGUUUCACUGCCUCAUUAGAGAUUACGGUUUAUAGUUAGGCUAGUAGCGAGGAGAUUGCUACCUGAUGUUCACUGAGUAGGCCUUCGCGCUUCAUGUGUCAAUAAAGAUGUGGAAACGUA